AUGUCACCACCUCCUUCAGGCGGAAAGCGCGAGUCCGCUCAGGCGCGACUCCUCGGCUCCGGUCUCUCCGGAAUCGCCGAGCUGCUCGUCUUCCACCCCGUCGACACGGUCGCCAAGCGACUCAUGUCCAACAAGGUCUCCGGCCUCUCCAUGUCCCAGAUCGUCUUCAAAGACAAAGCCGCUGCCAACGUCUCGACCAAAUUCAUCUCGCUCUUCCCCGGUCUCGGUUACGCUGCAGGCUACAAGGUCCUUCAGCGAAUCUACAAGUUCGGAGGACAACCGUACUUCAACGACUACCUCACCUCGCAUCACAAGAAGCAGUUCGACUCCAUGUUCGGCGAACGAGCGGGUAAAUCCAUCAUGUCGGCCACCGCCGGAUCGCUCACGGGAAUCGGAGAGAUCGUGUUGCUCCCGCUGGACGUCUUGAAGAUCAAGAGGCAGACCAACCCGGAAGCAUUCCGAUCCCGCGGUUUCCUCAAAAUUCUCGCAGACGAAAACGUCAACCUCUAUCGAGGUUGGGGCUGGACCGCAGCGCGUAACGCACCAGGAUCCUUCGCUCUCUUCGGAGGGAGCGCCUUCACAAAGGAGUAUGUGUUUGGCUUGAAGAACUACAACGAAGCUACUUGGACCCAGAACUUCUUCGCCUCCAUCGGCGGUUCCGUAGCGAGUAUCACCGUAGCCGCCCCAUUGGACGUCGUCAAGACGCGAAUCCAAAACGCCAACUUCGAAAGCAAGGUCGGAGGUGUCACCAUCAUCAAGGACAUGAUCAAGAACGAAGGGUUCGGAAGCUUCUUCAAGGGGUUGACCCCGAAGGUGUUGGUGGUGGGACCCAAGCUGGUCUUCUCGUUCACGAUUGCUCAGAGCUUGAUUCCUUUCUUCGGUAAGUACGUCUGA